AUGUGGUGGCUUUGUGGUUGCAACAUGCUGGGCCAGCCAGAGCUAGCCGUUCCUGCCGAUGCACAGGCUCAGGGGGGCUCGGACAUCGUGGAGGUGUCGUGCGACCCGGACCGGGUACCGGUGCAGGGUGCAAUGCCCGUGCUAUCAGAUAACCCGGUGCCUGCUACGGUCCCGCCCAAAGAGGACGGGGCCACGCCGGCCAAGGAGCGGCCAAGUUUUGUGGGCAGCUGGGUCCUUGAGAAAGUGGAAGGAGAUUUCGAUGCCCUCCUCAAGGAACAGGGCCAGGGCUAUAUGAUGCGAAGGAUGGCCAAGUCGAUGGGCUAUGGGGUUGGCAGGGUCCACCAGACGAUCGAGCAGGAUGGCGACGUGCUGACCAUCACGGUCACAAAUCCAAAGGGGACCACGGUGAUGAAGUUUACCGUGAACGGUGAGGAGCAGGAUUCACGGGAUCCCCUGGAGGACAAGCCUGUCAAGAUCCAACCGCAGUGGGACGGCGACGCCCUUGUCAUGGCCAUAAGGAGCGCUGCGGGCGCUGCUUUGCCCACAGCCCGUCGCUUCCUCCGUGGUGAGGAGAUGGUCAUGGAGCUGACGACCCCGAAUGGAGUGUCGGCCAAGCGAAUCUUCGCGCGGAAGGACAAAAAAUAG